AUGUCCCUGCCUGAAAAUAAUAUCUUAGACGAAGAAGGAGCCAUGUGCAGGUUAACCUUUGGAAAUGAAUAUGAUUCCUGCAAAGCACAUAUAGAUCCCCCCACAUCCGAUGGGAAUGGCGUUAGAGAUAUAGAUCCGAUACAUAAGCGGACUGCUCCAGCUGGCGAGCAUUUUGAACAACGUGGUCCGAUACAUGAACAACGUGGUCUAGUUCCGAUGCCUCCACAUCCGAUACCUACUCCUCCACACGUCCAUACAAGUAUAAUUGGAAAUUCGAGUGAUUUAGUGGCGAUUGCCAUACAGGAAUGUAUCCAAGGCACGCCUGAUCUGUCGCCUGAGUGUUGUAUCUACAGAGUCCCGGAGAGAUUUCUCAAAGGGAAUGAAGAAUUCUACAAACCUCGUGUAGUCGGAAUCGGACCUUACUUCAUAGAUACAGGCUAUGUCAAGGCCAAAUACGUGGACGCCUUUUUCCGCCGGAACAAGCUCAACUUGGACGCUUGUCUUGGAUUAGUGAGAGCAUGGGAAGCAAAAGCGAGGAGCUAUUAUGUGGGGCCUAUUGAACUAAGUAGUGAUCAAUUUACUUUUACAAUGCUGAUGGAUGCAACUUUUGUUUUGGAACUCAUGCUUAGGCAUCACUUUUCUAGAUACAGAGGUAAUUGUGAUCCGAUAUUUCACAAGCCGAGGAUAAUUGAAGACGUUUACCACGACAUCUUGUUGAUAGAAAAUCAACUUCCUUUCUUCGUGCUCGAGGGUUUGUAUUUGUACAUGCAAAUCGGUGCGAGUACAGGAGAUCAUCAUCUUUCUUUCACCGAGCUAACUCAUGACUUCUUCAAGCAUUUCUUGCAAAUUGAUGAGUGUCCCGCUAACCUUGAUCAAGUGAAUCAUUUUGUUGAUUUUAUACGACGCCACUACUUGGCGCUGCCACCGCCUCAAAAGGAUGAGCAGAAACAUAACGCUAUGGUUCAUGAAAUUCCACCAAGCGUGACGGCACUUGAUGAGGCCGGAGUUAAGUUUGAGACAAUUAAAGGCAGUGCCUCCUUGCUUAACAUAGAAUUCAACAAUGGUUGUCUCAAAAUUCCAAAUUUCGUAGUAGACGACUGGACAGAAACUCUCUUCAGGAACCUGAUCGCUUUUGAGCAGUGCCACGGCACGGAGAAGUACAUUUCCCAGUUUAUGUUCCUCAUGAUGUGCAUGAUCAGGACUUCAAAGGACGCAGAUUUACUCAUGGACUACGGAGUCAUAUCUAGCAUGCUAGGGAGUAGCAAAGACCUCUCCAUUCUGUUUAACCAUAUCAGCAGAGACGUUGGCUUCGAAAAGCCUUUUUAUUACUUUCAGAUUUGUGCAAAUCUAAAUGCAUACUGCAAGACCCGUCGGCACCGGUGGAAGGCAAUUCUAAAGCGAGACUAUUUCAACACUCCAUGGAAGAUUGCUUCUACUAUUGCUGCAAUUGUACUCCUUGUACUCACCUUCACACAAACAGUAUGCUCUAUUUUAUCCCUCCCUAAGACCUAA